AUGGAUAUCGACUCUAGCAAAAUCUCCCCAGCGAGAUUCAAUCCCCUAUCAACCAAUCCACUCAAAACUCGCGAUGACAUCGUCCAAGCCUGUCAUGCCCUCUUCAAUCCUCUCCUCCCGAAAUUCUCCCCUGGGAAGGCACGUGUGCAGCUAGAUGCCUCAAGUUCAAACUGGGAUCGCGCAGCCUGUGACCUUGAAGGGUUCGCUCGUCCUCUUUUUGGAUUGGUACCUCUAGUCAAAGGUGGUGGAAAUUUUGAUCACUGGCAUGUUUACCGAGAGGGACUAAAGAAUGGCACCGAUCCCAAUCAUGCAGAGUACUGGGGUGAGGUCACUGACAAAGAUCAGAGGCAUGUUGAAGCGACAGCCCUUGGGUAUGCAUUGCUCGUCGUACCGGAACAUGUAUAUGAUCCUCUUGACGAGGAUUCAAAAAGAAACCUAGCGACCUGGUUAAUACAGAGCAGAAAUACGCUGCAUGCCAAUAACAACCAUAAGUUCUUCCGUGUCCUUGUUGAUCUGGGUCUUGAGAAUGUCGGCGUUCCAAUUGAUAAAAAUGGCACAGAAGAGUAUUUGCAGGAUCUUGACAGUAUGUAUAUUGAGGAUGGUUGGUAUCGAGACGGAGCCGAUAUCCAGGAUCCACGCAGGUUAGACUAUUAUAAUCCUUUUGCCUGGCAUUACUACGGCCUUUUAUACGCUGUUUAUCGACCAAAUGACAAGCCCCGUGUCGACCGAUGGCGGGAAAGAGCCGGGAAAUUCGCAAAGCAUUACAUCCACUGGUUCUCUGAAAACGGAGCUAAUGUCCCAUAUGGACGUAGUCUCAUAUAUCGCCAUGCAACUGCUGCAUACUGGGGUAUGUUAGCUGUGGGGAAUAUUGAGGUUUUGCCAUGGGGUGUUAUCAAGGGACUUUAUCUACGCAAUUUGCGUUGGUGGGCUUCUCAACCGAUCCAUACUCUGGACGAUGGCGUUUUGACACUUGGAUAUGCAUACCCCAAUCAACUGAUGACUGAACGAUACAGCUCAACAGGCUCGCCGUGGUGGUCAAUGAAAGCAUUUGCUCCAUUAUGCCUUCCGGCUGAUCAUCCAUUCUGGGCUGCCAAGGAGCUGCCAAUGCCUCCUAGGGCUGAUGUUUACACAGACCCAGUUGCUGGAAUGGUAUUCACACAUCAGCCGAAUCAUACCGUCAUGCUUGUCUCAGGACCUGGAACGCAGCAGCUAAUGCGACACGUGCCGGAGAAAUACAUGAAAUUCGCAUAUUCCUCUCGGUACGGAUUUAGUAUUGAAAGUGAUCCACGGGAGUUUGCACAAGGCGCCUUUGAUAGCAUGAUCGGCCUGAGUGAUGAUGGCCGCCACUUUCGUGUUCGGGAGUGGUGUGAAGUAGCGAUUCUAGCAGGAGAUAUCCUCUUCUCCAAGUGGAAACCAUGGACAGAUGUGCUGGUUGAGUCGUGGCUGAUCCCGGCAGGAACAUGGCAUAUUCGCGUGCAUCGAGUCUCAUCACCAAAGGAACUUGAUACAGUGGAAGGCGGAUUCGCUUCACCACGGACAGAUUUUGACCGAGAUACCAAAAUGGAGGAUAGAUGUCAAGCAUAUGUUAGUAGUAAACUGGGUGACUUUAGCGGUAUCGUCGAUCUUUCAUCUGAAACUUGUGCACGAAGGGCGCAAGUUGUUGCGACACAUGGAAAUACAAACGUGAUGUUUCCCAGAACUCUUGUACCCCAAGUUCUCGGGGUGGUGAAAGCAAAUGUACCCACUGUUUUCGCUGCAGCUAUUCUCGCUGGACCUGACGGACAAGAGAUGCAAAGACAAUGGAAUAUCCGGCCACAAAUUCCGACAGUCGAUCAGCUGGAGAGUAUCGUCAAAGACAAAGGCGUGAGGGUUAAAAUUACCGAAGCUUAUAUUCCUUCACGAAAGGGCAAUGCGUAG